AUGUUGAACCUCACAAGUCUUGUUCAAAAGGCUCAGCAGCUGAUCGACCCUACCCAGGGCCUGAACCUUUCCGAUUCCGAUCGCAACCCCUCAAAGGCCGUCCUCUUUCAGAGCCAGUUCCGUCUCCCAUCCUCGCAGACGCCUCUGCAUGAAAUCAAUGCUGAGCUGACGAUACCUGCCUCGAACGUGACCCAUGGCGAUAAGGCACUGGAUACUGGCUGGCACUAUGGAGGGAAGUUGCACCUUUCCGAGUCCUUCAUGUGCUUCUCCACCACCCCGACGAGUUUUUCCCAAAGCGCCAGCACCACGACCUCUUCGCUGUUCACCGGACAAACGCAUGGAGGUGGCCCUAGUGGAAACGGAUUCACAUUUCCCUUGUGUGCCAUCCGUCGUGUUGAAAGGCUGAACAGCCAGAACUUCCAGGACAGGAAGAAUGCCGAUCCUCCGGACGCGGGGCUAGGCAUGCUUUUCCGAUACCCCGGAGACGCGAAAAAGAUGCGCGAUCGAGCUAAAAUGCGACUUUGGGCCGAAUACCUGAGAGAUAAUGGCCGAAACCUCACCCUAAUUCGACAGCCCACCUUUCACAAGCUCAUUCGCGUUGGUUUGCCCAAUCGACUGAGGGGAGAAACUUGGGAGCUGACGUCCGGCUCCGUCUACCUAAGACUGGAGAACCCGACGCUAUACACGGAUACCCUAACCAAAUUUUCCGGCCAGGAAUCUCUUGCCAUCGACGAAAUUGAAAAAGACUUGAACCGCAGCUUGCCCGAGUAUCCCGGCUUCCAAAGCGAAGAGGGAAUCGGCCGCUUGCGACGGGUCCUGACCGCCUACAGCUGGGUCAAUUCUGAUGUUGGCUAUUGCCAGGCGAUGAAUAUCGUUGUCGCCGCACUACUCAUCUACAUGUCCGAAGCCCAAGCGUUUUUCCUCCUCUCUACCCUCUGUGACAGACUAGUUCCAGGCUACUACUCGACGACCAUGUACGGCACCCUCCUCGACCAAAAGUCUUCGAAUCCCUCUGACGUGCAGCUUUCUGUUGUCUCGUUGCCAUGGUUCUUAUCGCUCUACAUCAACUCCAUGCCACUCUAUCUCGCGACGCGUGUUCUGGAUGUCUUCUUUAUCGAAGGCCCCAAGGUCCUAUUCCAAGUCGGCCUUGCGAUAUUAAGAAUCAACGGCGAAGAGCUACUAGACGCUACCGAUGACGGAGCGUUUAUAUCCGUCCUCAAGGCCUACUUCUCCCGCUUAGACGAAUCGGCUCACCCCAAAUCAGAGAACCCUAAGCUUCGGGCCGUGACUCGCUUCCAGGAGCUCCUCGUCGUUGCCUUUAAGGAAUUCUCCGGGAUUACGCAUAGCACCAUCACCGACCUCAGGUUGAAGAACAAGGAUGCUGUCCUCAACAAUAUUGAGAACUUUGCGAAGCGGACGGCGAUUCGCAAUCUCGGCCCCGACAGCAAAUUGCUCAGCACGGAAGAGCUAAGCGCUCUCUACGACAGGUUUUAUGGUGUGUUGUACGAACGCCAGCAGCGCAUAGGCAUCAUCCAAGAGGAGCAGCGUCGUCGGGCCAAGGGAAACCGCGGCCGCGUAACAGAUUUGUUUCCCGGAGCGCAAGACCAUACAAUAGAGAAGGGGCGAGUGGGUCUGGGUCCCAGCACAAGUCUCAUGGAUUAUGACGCUUUCCGAGAAUUUUUGGCCGGCAUCUCAAAGUGGGCGAUCGCCGACACGCCCCCAACUCCAAGGAGAGAUACGUUUGCCGACCGAGACAAGGGUUCGUAUUAUUCGCGCUCUAGAGGGACUUCAGACGCGCUUUCGGGUCCUUGGGGAGGCGGACCAGAACCGGCAGAUCAUGAAUUCUUGCAACUUUUGUUCAAGAAGUGGGACGUGGACAACAAUUCAGCUUUAACUCUUCAGAACGUGGUGACCGGACUUGCAAAGAUCAAGUCAAAGCGCGAUAUCAUGGGCACUAUUAGUUACUUUUUUGACCUCUACGACGACGACGGCGACGGCAAGGUGGACAGAGAAGGUAUCCUGAGAAUCUCUGAGGCCUUGCUCUUCCUAUCUCGGCGAGGACUAGAGGGCACGCUCAGCGCCUCCGCGACGACUCCCAAUGGUGAGCCGGGCGGUGGUCCCCCGAACGCGUCUCAGCUUAGCCUCCCCGGUAUCUCGAACAACGAGCGGUUCCUAGGCAGCGUUAGCGCCUUCAUCCGUCGGUGCUUCGAAUACCGGCCACAAUCUCGGGCGAAAGGUGUCAAAGGCGCACUCGAAUCCGCCAACGUGGCACUCGAUCCGGCUAAUCCUCUCCACAUAACGCUUCCAACGUUCCGCAUGGUUGUCCUGGCUGAUGAACUUCUCGAACAAUUCUUUGAGUCCUCUUUCCCGGUCUCGUUCCACAUCAUUGACGGUCUCCCGAGUCAAGCUUCGAGCUCAGGCGGCCUGACAACGUUUGCUAGUCUGGGCUUUGGUAGCCGGGCCCCGGUGCCAAGCGCGGCUAAUUUGGGCGGCGCUGGGAGAGGUCUACGAGGAGUGCUGGACAACAUCGUCACAGACGGCAUGAGAGUCGCCACGGAGGUGAGGAGGAGGAUGGAGGAGGCUCAACGGGAACUGGAGAAGAAUGCCCAGCCGGGCCAGAAGCCAUAUGCGGACGAUGAUGAUGAUGAAGAUGACGAUGUAGGAGCAGUAAUGCCUAGCUCGGCGAGUGGCAAGGUGGGAGUCAACGCGCGUCGGGGUACUGGUAGCUCCACGCUGGAUUUCGAGAGGAGGUCCGUCAGGAGCUCUGACCGAGACCUUCUCUCGGGAGCAGACGCCGAAGCUGCGGACGAAGGGGACCAGGGUAAGGCGAUGGCGGGCAAAGCCUCGCUGUUAGACACGGAUCCAGGCCUUAGUGGGUCGGGCUCGACAUCAACGGGAAAAGGCCUGGUCGAAUUUGAUGGGCGGAACUAG